AUGCAGGAAAAAGUUGUAUUCAAGUUGGAUGUGUUUGACGAAAGAAUCAAACAGAGAGCUAUGAAAGUCGUAUGUGAUUUUCCAGGAGUUACGUUGAUAGACGUGAAAGAAAAAGGUAAACUAAAGGUGUCGGGAGAAUUCGACAAGUUUCAAAUGACGAAGAAGCUUAAGAAGAUAUACAAAUAUGUUGACAUUAUCGCGCUUGAACACGAUGGAGAACCGAAGAAAAAUCCGGAUCCUGUUAAGAAGCCUGAACCAAUAGUGAAGAAGGCCCCAUCUUUCCGUCGUUGGAAGAUAGGUUUCUUUUAAAGGAAUCGAUUUUGAGGUCGUUGUGAUCAGUUUGAGUUCUAUGAACUAUUGUAUUAUGUAUGUUGAUAUUUCAUCUCUUGUGAAAUGUUGGAUUUUUUUGGCAUCUGUGAAAUGUUGUUUAUGUAUGUUCGAAUAAUAAUAUGGUGUCUGUUUACAUCUUGGUAUUAUUUUUUUGGUUCACUUUAAAGUUUCGUAAACUAAAUUAUGUUAGUCAAUCAAUAAAGGAAAGGGGGAGAAGUACUUAAUGCACUGUAAAGUAGACUAACCAGCAUUUAGUAGAUUAUCCAACCCCUAGCAAUCUUAGUUAUUGAUAUUUCUGAGUAGUCUUAAGUUCACAAAACCUAAAAUAUUCUCUUGGAUGUUAUCCUAAAUUUUGUGGAAUGCCCCGUUCAUCGUUGGGUUUUCUUAUAAGUUCAGUUCUAACUCCCUUAUUAGAAUGAUAAUGUUUACUUAGAACAUAUCAAGGGUGUUUUAUUGGAUGCUGUCCGACGACAAAGAAAUAACUGUUGUGGAUUCAAAUGUAAAAGAGUUUCUAAAUUACCUGAAUUAUAGAAAAUAUUGUAAGUAGUUUCUAAAUUAGUCAACUAAUGAGCACAAUAAAUUACUUUGUAUACAAAGAAGAAAGUCAUAUAAAAUCCAUAUAAGAAUAGACUGUAUUCUGCAUACCAUAACAAAAACACUUAAGAGGUCUUCAAAGAAGUACAGUAUACGAGAAGCCAAGAUUUAAUGACUUGAUCUAUCUAACACCAAGUAGAAACUCUGGAUUCAAGGUUUCAAUAAACAGUUAACAAAUUAUACAUUUAAAAUUUUAUAUAUUAAUAAUCGAUAAAUACUCUAUAAACGAAUAUACUUUUUUCCAGCAUAAAAAUUAACAAAAUUGAUAAAUUUUCAGAUUUUUUUCAUCAUUGAAAAGGUAGAUUUUACUAUGUAUGUUUUAUGAUCUGUUUAGUCUAGUUUCAAAAACUUAAUUCAGUUUUGUUUUGAGAAAUACUAAAUUAAUUUUUUCGUUUAAAAAUUAGCAAACGAGAAAAUUUCCAAAAUAAAGUUUAUUAAAUAAAGAAAUAUAUUUAUACAUUUAGGUUAAGGAUUUAGUGACUAAAGUUUGAAG